UGUGUGUGUGUGUAUAUGCAUAUGCAUGAAAACAUAUAUUCUGUGAGUCCAUCCACCUCGUUGACUCGUUUUAACUCGCUGGUUGACUUGUUUGCUGCUUUUGGUGUAGUGUAUCUGUGUCGUGCGUUCGCUGGUAUGUUUGGCUGCCUGACCUACCGACUCUCUGGCUUUCGGUCUUGCCGUCUGUCGGAUUUUCAACUUUGUAUCUGCAUAAUUCUGUCGGCAUUCGCAGUUAUCUUUCGAUGCUCAAACUGAACGGAACGUCGGAACGGUAGAUGUUGUUACUCGUCUAAUUCGUAGCGCUAAAUUUCACUUUGAGGAAAGAUUCAAAUAAAAAGACAGAUUUUGCGUAUUUUUUACGGUCGCGUGUCGAGCUAUCGUUUCGUAGUGUUUUUUAUUAUACUUAUAUGGUAUAAUUUCCAAUGCAUACAUAGACGCGUAUAGAUGUAUAUUGUGAAUCUUAUACCGAAAACUUGCAACUAUUUUACAACUACAAUUCGAAAAUACGUAUUCUAAAAUCUACGAAAACUGAAAAGCAUCCGCAUACAUACACACACACAUACCUACCAAGGUUAGCUACAAUUUUAAUGGAAGCUACGUAAAGUGAUUUUAUACAAAAAAAAAUACAAAAAACAGAGAAUUAAAACUGUAAUUCAGUUUCAUUUUAACACAAGAACUCAACCUUAGCUUAACUAUUUAGAUUAAUUACAAUAAUAAAUAUAUUGUGAAAAUUCCACUGCCAACUGUCCAAUACAGUAUCUGGAAAAAUUAAGUGUUCAAAAAUUAAAUAUUCUAAUUUCACUGCUGCAUUAGUACAUACAUACAUCUGUUAAUAAUAAUUAUAUGUAAAUGUUAUAUGAUAAAAAUAUUUAAUCUACUUUAAUGUGUUUGGUGAAGUAACAGUAAACAUAGCAACUCAAUCAUUUAUAAAAGCCCAUACACAGACAAGUGUACUUGGUGUUUCGAAAAAAAUGUGUUCAUGAAGCAGAAAUAUUAAAAAAAAACAUUAUUUUAAGAAAACAAAAAAAAGAUUGUGUCCUUAACUUGGAAAGUUAAUAAAAAGGGAGUAGCGAAAAUAAGUGAUCAUUUCACAAAAGUGAAUAUGUGUUAUUAAAAAAAAACAACAACAAAAAAUAAAUGGAAAACGUUGCAAUUGCAAACGAAAGUAAAAGUUAAUACUCAAAUUUCAUUUUUUUACCGUAAGAGACAAUCUGAGUUAAUUUUUACUGGCAAUGCUUUAGAAAACUUAAAAUAUUUAGUUAAAAAAAUUUAGCAGCUGCCACACAAUCAAAAGUGUUCCGCUAUUAUUAGAAUAUUCUGUGUUUCUAGAAACAAACCCAAAACAAAAAACGCUGUUAAAAAUAUAUAAAAGCAUUUUGCCAACGCGCAUAACAAAGCACGAAUUUAUGUGCAUACAAACACAAAAAGCAAGAGUCAACAUCCCAACAUCUUUGCGGCAAGAAAAACUCAUAAAGUAAUAAAAAUGCAAUAAAAGGACAAACAAAAAACUCUUGAAAUAAAUAAAAGCUCACUUCGAUACGCAACACAAAUAAGGUGAGCGAGUGUAAAAGAGUAGAUGAAGAGCAAAACGUGAAGUAAGCAAAAUCGUAUUUCAUUCAUAUUUCAUUCGAAAAAAAAAAUAAAAAAAAAACAUCGUAAAACAUCGCCAAAAGGAAGUGAAACAGAACGCCAUCCAGCCAGCGCAUCGAAUAUUCAGAUACUCGCGCACAGUGCAAUCGCCGCACAACCAGCUUCAACGCCACACUGCCAGGCAACGAGAGAAAAGUGCAAACAUUUAAAUAAAUACAAAAAAUCAACAAGCAAAAUAUUCAGUGCAAAUACUUACAACAGUAACGCAAGCUCCUGGCUGUUGAUUUACAAAAAUAAAAAUUAAAAAAAUAAUAAAAAAAAUUUUUUUGAAUUCGCAAAAAAUUGUAUUCGUCCAACUAAUUCGUCAGCAGCAAUUGUUACAUCAACAACGGUCAACAGCCAACAGCAACAUCAACAGCGACAACAACAACAGCAUCAGUCGUCCGCGAGUUUAUUCAACGACUUCCAAUACAAAUCACCAUUUUGUGUUCUUUUAACUUAAUUUUUUUUUUACCACAAACACUGCAUCUUUUUUGAGCAUUACCCACUUAUUUAUACAUCAAUACAUGCAACACAUACAAUCGCAUGCCACAUAGUGCAAUAUACGCUUCUCCACCCGUCUACUUCCCCUAUAUAAAUUGGAAAAUUUCGUGACUUCUAAGUAUUGACUGCGUUUGUGUGUUUUUGAGUUUGUGUUAGUGGAGUAUUUUUAAGCCAUCCUUUGUUGUUGUUAUUCGCAUAGUGUCUUAUUUUAUAUACCGUUAAAGUGGAUACCCAAAGCAGUUUGUAUUAUGUGGAUUAUCCUUCGUCCAUGUUGCUCUCGACGAAGACCAGCAACGCCGCCUCAGCUGCAGCAUCCACAGUCGCCGCUGUUGCCGCCAUGCAGUGCGACAUACCGAACAGUAUGCUCUGCGAUAGUAUAACUCUCGGUGAUAAAACUGUUCGUUAUGGUCGCGUACCAAAGCGUUCACGUGAGCUGAAUGGCACACCCUCGUCCACGGAUGAUCCGAAUGCCAUUGUGCGUGUGAAUACACCGAAUACACCGCAAACGCCACAAAUGUGUUCAGUCGCCUCGUCACCCUCCGAACUGGGCUGUACAGGCCAGAGUAGUGUUGCCAACACGGCCAACACACCCGGACCGGGUGGCGUUGGAAUGGGUGUGGGCGUUAAUAUGAGCGUUAGUGUUGGUGCCGGCGGUGCUGGCGGUAUGAUGGGACAAUGUGGCAACGUUAACGUCGGCGGUAUGAGUGUUGUCGGUAGCGGUGGCAAUGUGGGCAUUAGUAAUGUCGAUAAUAACGGUUGCGCUGUUGUCGAUAUGCAAGGUCCCACCGCUGAACUGACCGUUUACGAUGUGAUUAUGUGCGUCUCACAGGCGCAUCGUAUGCACUGUUCAUACACGGAGGAGCAGACGCGUGAGCUGAUGCGGCGACCAGUGGCGGUGCCACAGAAUGGAGUAAGUACUUGCUAUAUUGCCACUUUAGUAUCGGAGACAAUAGAAUUUCAGAAGAUUUGGCUGUGGCAACAGUAUGCAGGGCGCGUUACGCCCGGCGUUCAACGCAUCGUCGAAUUCGCGAAACGCGUGCCCGGCUUUUGUGAUUUCACACAAGACGACCAACUGAUACUCAUCAAACUGGGCUUCUUCGAGGUGUGGCUCAGCCAUGUGGCACGUAUGAUAAAUGACGCAACAUUGACUUUCGAUGAUGGCACUUAUCUGACACGACAGCAACUCGAAAUUCUCUAUGAUAACGAUUUCGUUAUCUCGCUGGUGAAUUUCGCCAACACCCUCAAUAGCUACGGCCUCAGCGACACCGAAGUCGGACUCUUUUCAGCUAUGGUAUUACUCGCCUCCGAUCGGUCCGGCCUCGCUGAACCGAAAGUGAUUUCACGAUCACGCGAACGCGUUGCCGAAGCGUUACGUGUACAACUUGUACGUUCACGUGCCGGCUCCACACAAGCGCUACAACUGAUGCCGGCACUGGAGGCUAAAAUACCCGAAUUACGUUCGUUAGGCGCCAAACACUUCUCACAUUUAGACUGGUUACGAAUGAAUUGGACUAAACUGCGAUUGCCACCACUCUUUGCAGAAAUUUUCGACAUACCCAAGACAGAGGAUGAUCUGUGAAGUAAUUUAAACGACUAUGAAACGUGAGAGACAAAGAAAUGUCACUCAAAGCGUGGCGGGGAACGUUUGUUGGAGUGAAUGGCGCAAAAGACGAAAAUAUACUAUGUAAUACAAAAAGGAAAUAAAUUGUGAAGCAGGGCUUGAUUGAGGGUGGGGUGAGGGUGUCUGUAAGGAAAUAUGAAAAAUUCAAAUGAGUAGGCACACAAUAAGCAAGAGGGGAUUUUUGAAUCAAAUACAAAAUCUAAACAAAUAAAAAAUACUAUACGAUUUCUAAGCUUAGCGUGAAUAGUUUUUAAGCAAAAACGAAAAAAAAACAUGAGAACAAUUUAUUUAAUUUAUAUACAUAUUAUAUUGUAGAAAAAAUUGGAAAUACUUGAAAUAAAAUAUGAAAAAUUUAUUUUAUAAUUUUGUUGUGAUCGUGGAACGAUUGCAAGCGUCGCUAAUGCUGAGAUUUUCAAAAGAGGUACGAAAAUGUUUUGAAAUUUUUGUUGACUUUGUUUAAAAAUAAUUCAGUAGGAACUUUAUUAUUUGUGUUAAGGCGAAAUUGGAUAACAGUUUUAGAUAUAUUUACUUACAUACAUGCAUAGUUUUAAUAAAAUUAAACGUACAUCACACACAUACAUACAUAUAAACAUCACGUGAUCAUGCCACAGACAAAUGUAGCAUUGCAAUAUCAGAAAGUGAAAUAAUGAAAACAAAAAAAAUGUAAUAACUUAAGAUGAGAAGAAAAUAUGCAACAACUAUAUGAUAAAACACAGACAUAAGAAUUACAUCAAUUCAAAUUUCUUAGCCGUGAACAAAUACAAAAAUAUAUACGAGUACAUACACGCGCGCGUACUAAAUAAACUCCUUAAAAAUGUGACACAAAAGAACUAGAAAACCCAUAAAUAUACGCCACGCGCUAAAUCAAUCAAAUUUAAGCAUUCUAUGUAAAGCAAAACUGAAAAGAACACUGAGAGAAACUGAACAAUUUAUCGAAUGUUAUGCAAUACCUUCUUUUUCUUUGAGAAAAAAACAAAAAUUGUUUAGCCUAGCGUAGCGAUAGAAAUAAAUGAAAUAUGUAUAAAGGAUAUAUGAAAUAAUUAUUAAAGUUUGUUAUGGGCUGGAAAACAGCUCGUAAGCUUAAGAAAAACAAAUGUAUUUGCUUCCUUUUCUAUGCAGCAUUGAUAUUUUUUCAACACACCACACUUGCAUAGCAAUUAAUUUUACAUAAAAACAAUUUCAUUUGGCAGUAAACAGUAAUUCAUGAAGAAAAGUAAAAAUACAUACAGUGAAUAGUGGAAAAAUAAACACUAUAAAUCUCAAUUGUUAAAACUGUUACACUUAAAACACGUACUAUAUAAGUAAAUAAGUUGCAUAAGCAUAUACAAAACAAAAACAAAAACAAAGUGGCGUAAAAAUAUUAGCAGCCAUAGCAAGCAACUCUACUCCAAUUGAAAGCAGAACUUAUCUAACAAAAAGUAUCUAAUUAAAAUCAAAUGUAAAUAAGUGCACCGCUAAGUAGUUUACUAUAUAUGGAUACACAUUUAAGAACACAAAUUUUUUUUUUCAAUCGUUAUGAAAUAAACCUCAACUACUCAAAUAAAACAUGACUAAAUUACCUAUGGCAUUUCUUCUACCACUAAGGCACAAAAACAAAACACAGACUACACAGACUGCGACACAAAAAAAAAGAAGAAAAAGAAAGCGGCUAACACAAUGCGUGUGACUAAGCAAGCAAGUUUAGUGACAACAACAACAACAACACCUAAACAAGAACAAGUCCAACACAAAACACAAACAUAGCUCAAGGGGUUAGGGGUAGUCAGAGGCCCGAAAAAAUUGUGAAUUUCAAUAGUUUUUUUGUUUGCUAAUCAAUUGCUUUAUUUUACAAAAAUAAGGUGCGUUUCAUAAUCAUAAGGCACCCCUAAUUUUUCAAAGUAUUUUAAUUUAUAGAUUUCAGAGGAAAAAUUAAAAAUUGUAGACAUCCAUAAGGGGUUUAUAAGGUCAAAAAAAUGAUAUUUUUUUUUUUCGUUUUGAGCGAUUCCUAAUAUAUUUCAGAAUAUUCACACAAAGUUACAGAGCCUAAUUCUCAAUAUUUCCGUAGAUACAAAGCCAAAGGUAGACGAGCGUUAGGUAGUUACGCUGUGACCGGACAGCUAAAGCACAAACUUUAUCUUCUUUUCUCGACUUUUCAUUUUUAUGAUUUCUUUGAAUUGGCGUACAUGAAUGAAAAAAACUAAUGAACCUUUUGAAAUGAAUCAUAGCUUGUUCCCUUCAGUAUUAAAUUCUCUUCUAUUUGAACUAACAAAAUAGAUAAAAAAAAAUUUUUCAAGAUUUUUAUACCAAGUUGAAGUGAUUUUUUUUUUAUAGAAAGGCAUUUUUUUCUUUAAAACCUCCAAAAAGUUGAAAUUUUGGAAUUUCCCUCAGUUUUCUUAGUUCAUCUAGAAUAAAAAAUCAUGAUAAUUAGAAAUCCAUUUGAAUUUUUUGCUUUAGAUAAUAAUUACGAGCUGUAUCUUGUGCGCAAGUUGGAAACUCCAGCGUUGCAGCGCUCUACUAAUUUCUAUGUUAAACAUUUUUUUCAACUUAUUUUAACCAGUACAAAAAUUGUUUAUACUUUUUAAAUGUUCAUUAAAAAAUAGAAAAAACUUUGCAGUGCUAAAUUAAUUUUUUCCUUAAAAAAAAUCGCAAAGAGAUGCAAUUUUUAGACCUCAUAAGCCAGGCUCCCCCCUUAAAGUAACAAAAGUUAUCUGUUUCAUUACAGAAUUUAGAACUUUUUUUAAUACAUAAAGAAAAUUUUUUUCAAAAGCGUAUUUCCAGGCGUUUCAAACUGUUAAGACACUGUUUAAUUAAAGUGAUCGUUAAACAAAAGUAUACUUUUUUCGAAUUUUUUUAUCGGUCGUCUGGAAUAUUUUAGUAGUCCAUGGAAGCACCAUUUGCUUUAGCGACACAAAAUAACCUUUUUUCAACGAUUCUGCUAACUUUUUAGGUAAAUUUACAUCUAGAGAAGCCCAUUUUGCCUUAAUUGCCGCUUUAAGCUCGUUGGUGUUGUCAAUUUGGUUGUCGAUUGUUGGCGUAAACUCUUCUGAUUAAUUAACCACAAAUGUUUUAAAUUGGGUUUAGAUCCGGAGAACACACCCCGGUCAGUCCAUAGUUUCUAUGGAACAAUCGGUCAAAUAUUCGGCCUUGUUUCCCUGCUUACGUGUAUUCGGGCAUUGUCUUGCUGAAAAACGAAUGGCAUUUCCCGAUUAUCCUGAAUAAAAGGAAGAAGACUAUUUUUCAAACCUUUUGUGUAGUCCCCACUAUUCAUUCGCGAUGAUGUUAACUGUAUAUCAAGAGUUGCUUUCGCUAUAAUUGGGAUCCAUAACAGAACCUCCACCGAAGUUGCGCUUGGAAAAUAAGAGGGGGCUCUUGCGCAAAUCUCUCCAAUAAUUAAAAAAAAAAAACAUCGGGUCCAUCAAGGUUCCAUUUUUUUCAGUCGAAAAUGUAACUUUUUUAAAGAAUAAUUUGAAAGUGGGCAACAUUAAAAAUAUUCCAAAUAUCUUACUGUGUCCCAGUUGGUGUCUAGGUGUUUCUCUGCAAACCGAAGACGCGCCAGCUUGUGCCGUGGCAAAAAUGAAUUCCUUAUUUUUGAUCAUUUUAAAUGAUAGCAACUCUGUAAUGUGCGCCAAACUGUUGCUUCUGAAACCCUAUUUUGAACAAUAGCGCCCAAGUUGGCGCAAGACUUAUUCGAGUUAGAAGCUUGUCUUACGAUUGCUCGCUGUUCUCGACUUGAUAGUGAUAAUUUUCUUCCAACGCGAUUCAAAAUUUUUAAUUCUGCCUGUUUUUUGGCAAUUAAUUUGUUUGACUAGAGUGAAUCCUUGUAGGUCCAAAACUUUUUCACGCUCCUCUUGUGAUAAUACUGAACCAACGGCCUUUUAAAAUGUUGUAAUUCUCAGGACUCCGUAAAAAAUUCCGGAUAGCACAACGAUUUCUGCCUGUUUUUUUUUUUUUUGCAAUUAAUUUGAUUGGCAAGCCUGAAUCCUUGUAGGCCAAAAUUUUCCCACGCUCCUGUUGUUAUAAUCGGCAUUUUAGGUUAAAUUGAAUUAAAUUAUAAUUAAAGUCAUCUAAAACAACAAUCAGCACCUUCUGACUCUACAGAAGCUUAUUUUCGACUAGUGUCGAACACGCCGGAGUGCCCGAACGCCCGAACGCCCUUUGUUAAUUGUUGAAUAACUCGAAAAGUAUUUUUGACGGAUUCACUUAAAAUUUUCACACAAUAUUUUUAAGAUAUUAUACUUCAAGAAAAUGCAAAAAGAAAAAUCAUAUUUUUGAAAAUUCUGACUACCCCUAACCCCCUAAACACUUAUUUUAUUUUCACUCAAGUAAUUUACACCUAGAAAGCACUAGCAUUUCACGUAUAGUAACAAAACUCUACUUUCUACAACGCAAACUUCUGUGAAAUCAGAAAUAUGUGCACGUCCACAAAUAAAUUCAAACAAAAAAAAAUCAGCUUUGGCUAUCCUUAUUUAUAUGCUCUUAUUAAAUUUCAACAAAUCAUGCCACUAACCAAUCGUUUGCCUGCGCUCAUUCACACUCACAACUCGUAAAAUAUUUAUUUCAUUGCGUCUCAUCUGCAAAACUGCAAAAAUGUAGGUUUAAACGCACUUCUUUAAAUCAAAUCAAUCUAAACUGAAGGUUUCACCUCAACUCAAUUACUACCUUAACCUCCAUUGGCACGUAUGCACAUACACAUGUAUAUACCAUAAAUAUGUAAUUAAGCGUUCUCCAUGCACAUUUGGGCAUCAUCAAUUCGCCGCUUACUUAGUUGGGGUUCUCCUUUCGAAAUCUUCCAAGAAUGAAUGCAUUGACUUUCAUACUGAUACUAUUGACUUAGCCUUAAACUAUGUACAUACAAAUUGUUUACACAUAAAAUUAAAAAAAAAAAAAGAAAAUUUAUAUUUAUAUGUAUUAAUUAAUAUGUACAUAUGUGUGUUUCAGCGCAUAACAUUUCACUCAUUUAGCAUAUAUACAUACAUAUACAUAUUUUAACAUUUUACUUGUAUAAACAAACAUGAAUUCAUGCAUACAUACAUACAUAUGUUCAUAUGUCCAUCUGAAAUACAUACAUACCUAUAUCGCAUAUAUAUCGCUUUCGUCCUUCUCAUUGAAUUAAUUUUAAAUUAUAAGUUCCCUGUUUCGAUUAAUUUUUAUAUAUAUUUAUGUAUCUGUAUACAUAAGCAUAUUUUUAAUUGACUUUGCAUUAAGGCCUGAGUAUGUAUAUGUAAGUGGCAAUCACAGCAACAACACUGCGCAUUAAUUAUUAUUUUGUUUGUAUUAGAUAUUUUUUAUAUAACAUAAAAUUUGCAUAAAAUUAAUGUUUUACUUUGCAAUUGAAGCAUUCAAGUGCAAACAAAACAAACGACUACAAACAAUUAUUAGUUAUGUAGAUAUACAUUUUUUUCUAAAUAAAACUUAAACCUUUAUUACAC